AUGAAGUCUCAAGGAGUCUCUGGGGAUCACUUAGUGUUCCCAAAAGUUCUGAAAGCCUGCUCUCAGUUGACGUGGUUGGAUGGAGGGAUGUGGGUCCAUGGAGGUGUGGUUGUUUCAGGCCACGAGCAACACUUUCAUGUCUGCAAUGCUUUGAUCGACAUGUAUGCGAAGUGUGGAAAUGUGUUGAGCGGGAGGUUGGUUUUUGAAGAGAUGGCGAAAACCCGAGAUUUAGUAACAUGGAACGCAAUGAUCAGAGGAUUUGGCAUGCAUGGACUUGCACAGGCUGCUUUGAAUCUUCUUCAGGACAUGAAGCGGGUUGGAGUUCAUGCUGAUGCUCUCACAUUUACUUCGGUGCUAUCAGCCUGUCAUCAUUCAGGCCUUGUAGAAGAGGGCAUUGAACUCUUCGAGAGCAUGAUCGGAGAAUAUGGAUUUGUCCCCAGAAUGGAACAUUACUCCUGUGUUGUCAACAUGCUAGCACGUGUCGGUAGGCUAGAAGCUGCAAUCAAUUUCAUUCAUCAAAUGCCCCUGGAGCUUGAUAAGUCUGUUUGGGGGGCCUUGCUAACAGCCUGCCUUGACCAGCAGAAUGUAGAGGUUGGAAAGCUUGCUGCUGAAAAGUUAAUCCAACUGGAACCUGAACGCGCAGGACAUUAUGUGGCUUUGUAUAGUAUAUACGCAGAGGCUGGAAGAUGGGACGAUGCUGUAAAUGUGAGAAAGGAAAUGGAAGGCCGAGGGUCGGUUAAGCCCUCAGGACAGAGUUGGAUAACUAUCAGGAACUGA